CACCAUCAAUGGCUUCCACCACCGCCUUCCAUCUUUCUCACUCUAACCAGUUAUUGCCACCAUCAUCCAUCCUCCAUCACCACAACGAAAGUCACCAUCUCAAACACUCGAUUUGCCGUCAGAGCAUGCCUCUGCCGCGGCACAAGAUAUUCACUGCAGCGUUGCUCCUCCUGAAAACUGAAUCAAGAUCGGCAGAGGCAAGGAAACCGGCGAAAGCGCUCGCCGCGACGGAAGCUUUACCAAAACUGGUACCACAGGAAACUAGAGAAGGGAACCGUGAGGUAGUGGGACAAGGAAAUGGAGGAGGAUUAAGCGUGGGUAUAGGCCGGGGCAAAGAGAAAGCGCAGCUGGACCUCCAGGAGAGGUGGCGCGAGAUACAUGGCAGCUACGACUGGGAGGGACUGCUGGACCCGUUGGACCCGCUUCUUCGGUCCGAGCUCAUCCGGUAUGGCGAGAUGGCGCAGGCCUGCUACGACGGCUUCGAUUUCGACCGUUUCUCUAGGUACUGCGGCAGCUGUAAGUACAGCCGGCGGGAUUUUUUCGAGGGCGUGGGGCUGCCGGAAUCCGGGUACGACGUCACCCGCUACCUGCAUGCGGUCUCCAACGUUAACCUACCCAACUUCUUCAAGAAGUCGGUGUCUCCAAAGAUCUGGAGCUCCCGCGCCAACUGGAUUGGCUAUGUGGCCGCAUCCAAGGACUCCUCCAACCUGGGGCGGCGGGACAUCGCGGUCGCCUGGCGCGGUACCGUCACCCGCCUCGAGUGGGUAGCCGACCUGAUGGACUUCCUCCAGCCGGUCCGAUUACCAGGUCACAAGAACCAAAACGAGGACAUCAAAGUGGAGUCCGGGUUCUUGGACUUGUAUACCGACAAGGACCCUGGGUGCCGGUUUUGCCUGUUCUCAGCCAGGGAGCAGAUUUUGGCCGAGAUCAAGCGGGUGGUGGAGCGGUACAGCGGGUCUGGCGAGGACAUGAGCAUCACCAUCACCGGCCACAGCCUGGGCAGCGCGCUAGCGCUCUUAUCGGCUUACGACAUUGCCGAGAUGGGGCUGAAUGUCCUCCCGGACGGCCGGACCAUACCCAUUACGGUCUUCUCCUUCUCGGGACCAAGGGUCGGGAACCGCAAGUUCAAGCAAAGGUGCGAAGAGCUUGGGAUCAAAGUCCUACGGGUGGUCAACGUUCACGACACCGUGCCUAAGGUGCCCGGUCUGUUCUUGAACGAAAGGCUGCCGGGGACUUUGCAAGGCCUGGCCGACGCGCUGCCUUGGGGUUAUACCCAUGUCGGUACCGAGCUUAAGUUGGACCAUACCAUGUCACCUUUCUUGAAGGAGACCGGGGAUCCGUCGUGCUUCCAUAAUCUAGAAGCGCACCUGCACCUUUUGGACGGGUACCAUGGUACCGGAAGGAGGUUCGUGCUGUCAAGCAGGCGAGACCCGGCGCUGGUGAACAAGGCGUGCGACUUCCUUAAGGAGCAUCACCUGGUGCCGCCAUACUGGCAGCAGGACGAGAACAAGGGGAUGAUGAGGAACGGAGACGGGAGGUGGGUGCAGCCGGAAAGGCCCAGGAUCGAUGACCACCCAGCCGAUAUUCAUAACCACCUGAGGCAGAUCGGAUUGCAUUCUUGAAGGUCAAGAGACAGAGACGGCGAGAAUGGAAAGAGACAAAAUGCAAAUAACUUGAAGGAUAGUGUUGGGAGAUGAAUGUACACAUUCAAAACAUUCUUUUAAUUCAAAACAUUCUUUUAUGCAGUUUGGUAAUGCAGAAGUUUUUAAGAUACAUGAACCGUUCGGCAGAUAAAAACUUCACUUAGUUUCUUCCAGUUGAUUUACUUUGACACACUCUGUGUUUCCCUUGCU